GAGGCCACAGGUUCACCACCUGUGCUCCUACAGACUGCUGAAUUGUCAAGUUUUACAAUGUGAAACGGAUUGUUUUUCUCUCUCUCAUAUCCCGUGGUCUCCAGGAGGUCCUGUUAUGUCAUCGCAGUGGAAUGCUGAAGAAUGCCAACAACAAUCCAAAACCCUUUGAAAAAUAUUUACAACUAACAAACAUAAAAUCAGGGCGAAAGUUUUGUAUGGCCAUUUAGCUGGGGACAAGAUGAGAGGUCGAAGAGUACAGUUCUCUGGACAAGUGUGUUGCUUCCUGGUUGUUUCCUUUACUUCCAUCCAAGGCUAUUUGUCUACGUGACAUAUUCUUUUGGCAGUUUCCAAGUCUGGAAGGAUGUUAGGGGGAUUGCUGCUUGCAUCUGCCUGGGUUGCUGUUGCAUAUCCUGAGCUUUGCAAACCAGAUACAGAGAAUGCUUUCAAAGUGCGGAUUAGUAUCAAAAGAGCUCUAGGAGAUAAUGCAUACACUUGGGAUGCUAAUGAAGAAUACCUAUUUAAAGCAAUGGUGGCGUUUGCCAUGAGAAGAUAUUUCAGCCAAGAAACCACCCAAAUUUCCAACGUAUUGCUCUGCAACGUAACAGAUCGGGUAUCAUUUUGGUUUGUGGUCACAGAUUCAUCCACAAAUGCAACAACUAUUCCUAGGAGUGAUGUGGAAGCUGCCAUAAGGAAGAACAAAAACCGAAUCAACAGUGCCUUUUUACUGAAUGAUGAUGCGCUGCAGUUUCUGGAAAUCUCGUCCACUUUAGCACCACCAGUUGAAGGCUCUAUGCCGACGUGGCUGAUUGUGUUUGGUGUUGUCCUUUGUAUCAUUAUGGUUGGAAUUGCUUACCUUAUAAUAUCCGGAAUCCAUCAACGCAAAAGACGUAAUAAGGCACCUGAAGAAAUAGAAGGUUUGGAAGAUAAAUGUGAAGCAACCGUAACAAUAGAAAAUGGAAUUCCGUGCGAUAGCUUGGAUUUAAAAGCUGGCCGUAUUAAUGGAGUCUAUGCAGCAGCAGAUGACGAGCGCUUCACACCCUUAUGAACUGUCUCGGUUUCUCUCGUGCCCUUCCUUGGGACUCUGACCUCAUUUUAUCUAGCAGUUAAGGAUGAUUAUCGAAGAACAAGAAGAGAACAAAAAUUGUGUACUUUGCCUUGUUUUCAUUCUGCGAUUCCUUUUAUAAGCGUGUUCAUACAUACACACCCAAAUUCAGUUCUCUUCGAAAGGUUCAUGGAAAGAGCAAAUCUAACUCCCCAUGCUUAGCGUUCUUUGGACCUAUCAGAGAUUUGAGGACAAAGGCCAUUUCGCAGCAGGAACAGUAUUAGUAGGGACAGAUGGAUCACUCCGUUCCUGCUCCCUAUAACUUUUGCAUAUUUAAUUCAUAAACUUGUUCCGUCCCGCAUUCAAUUAAAAGGAAAAAAACAAACCCAAAUGCCUGCUCUUUU